AAUUCAUAACAAAUAUGAGAAGGGUUAAAAUGGUAUUAAAAGGGGUGUGCACCAUAUAGCAAGUGUAGCUCUACUGUUCCACACUGAUUUUGACCCAAUAGGUCACAUGACCUGGCAGUUAUUAAGCUAUAAUGCCAGGGCCUAUUUGCAAACUUAACUGCAGGUUGCACAUUGUCUUAUUUGUACCUCAGAUUAAUACACUGCUUUGAUUUGUUGUCUCUUUCUCCUUCUUUAGUGGUCAUCUCUGCUGCAUCAAUGGCUUUCUCUUCUCCCAUCUCCAUGCUCUUUCCCUGUCUUGUCUGCUCUGCGUCUUCUCUUUCCACUUAACAACACAGGGAUUAAAACAAGAACAUAUUUGUGGGUCUGAAAACUGUCCAGGAGGAGGGGAGGUAAACUCUGAAAUGAGCAUCAGAUUGGUGAGAUAUCCUCUUCAUGAGAUGGAUUUUAAAUCUCUCCUCAUCUUGAAUCUCAGUGAGACGGUGUCUGGAUUCUCUGAAAAGCCUUAACCAACCCAAAGGAAAUGCCUUCCAGAAGGAGACAGUCAAUUGUAGCAGUGAUGAUAUUUAUGCUGAAUGUCAUCACUGCAGAUGCUCAGACUUGUCAUCGUGCCGAAUACAGAGUAGGACAGGAAUGUUGUCCUAUGUGUCCCCCUGGAAACAGAGUUAAUAAACAUUGCACAGAGUUCACAAGUACAUCUUGUGAGCCGUGCGCUGAUGGAACCUUCCUGGAUCAGCUUAAUGGACAAACAGAGUGCUUUCCAUGUAAAACCUGUGAUGCAGAUCCAGGUUUAAAGGUGAAAAGGCCGUGCACAACAACAUCAGAUGCUGUUUGUGGACCACAAGAUGGAUUCUUCUGUGUUGAUCGUAGAGGGGACGGCUGUGUUGCAGCACAGAAACACCGCAGCUGUAAAGCUGGUCAAUACAUCAGCCGAAGAGGAACAGCAAUAACAGACACAGAGUGCAGCGACUGCACAGGGGAAACAUAUUCAAAUGGAACAUUUCCAUCUUGCCAACCUCACACAAAAUGUGAAUCUGAGGGUCUUCAGCAGAUCAGACCAGGAAAUCAUGCAGCUGAUUCUGAAUGUGGACCAAAACAUGACAGUUCAAACAAGACAGUGAUCAUUGUACCAGUGAUCUUGGUUGCUGUUAUAAUAGUUGCAGUUGCAGUUGCAGCUGCAGUAAUGUGUCGGAGAAACAAGAGACCAAAACAAAGUGCAGGAGGAAGAGAAAAGGUUCCAGAACAGGAAACACUAAGAGGAGGGGACCCAUCAGAGGCCUGUGUUUUAGCAGUCAGUGGUUCUGGGGAAAAUGGAAACCAUCAGCCAUCAAGCAUCCAGCGGCUACCUCUGUCUGAAGGGCUGAACACGUGAGGAGGUCCAGAGACCCUGGUGGCCACACUUGGGGAGGAUGCCCUGUCAUACAUGAGACAUGAGCUACUGAGGUCAAAUAUGGCAGGGAGAGCCUGGAGGACCUCCUCCAUCCAGGAAGGUGGAUUCCCAAGAGAUUCAGAGUGGACAGCUGACAAGACGUGAGC